GAUGGCGGCGCAUGAGCGCAAGCGGGCGUGCAGAGAUCCACGCUUGGCGGGGCGGCACACAGUUGAUAACGCGGGCGCAAGGGACGCUGCAUACAAUUUCGGCUGGAAGAGUGGUGUCUUAUCGCGUCAGCCCGGGGGAGUACAAGUACCCACAGCGCACGCGCUCCACGCCUGCGUCCGCCUCCGCAGCCCUCCCUCCUCGGUCCUACCAUGGAUUCCGCUGGCAUCACUGCCGUGACGGACCAGCGCAGCGUCGCGCCGUCCAGCUCUAACUCCAUCCACGAUGAGAAGGAGAAGAUUGACCUGGAGAAAACUCCGGUCCACUUGAACGUAGAGGACGUAAUUGCGGACUUUGACGACCCCAACAUCGACAAGGAUGCCAUCCUAUUUGAGGACGACUCUCCAUAUCCGGAGGUCCGUUCCGCCGUGGCUAACACGGACGACCCCUCCAUGCCCGUCUCGUCUCUACGAGUAUGGGUCCUUGGUAUCAUCUGGGCCAUCAUUAUCCCCGGCAUGAACCAAUUCUUCUUCUUCCGCUUCCCCAGUGUGACAGUCAGCGGCAUCGUCGCCCAGCUGAUCUCAUUCCCCAUCGGUCGCGCGUGGGCGCGGUGGGUGCCCAACGUCAAGAUCUUUGGUAUCCCGCUCAACCCCGGCCCAUUCAACGUGAAGGAGCACGUCCUCAUUACCAUCAUGGCGAGCGUUGGCGCAGGUUCGGCCUAUGCGACGGACAUUGUUGCCGUGCAAAGGGUCUACUACAACCAGAACUACACCUUCGGCUACCAAUGGAUGGUCGUGAUGAGCACACAACUUAUCGGCUUUUCCAUCGGAGGCAUUGCGCGCCGCUUCCUGGUGCAGCCGCCAUCCAUGAUCUGGCCCGCAAACCUGGUGACAUGCGCGUUGUUCAACACGCUGCACUCACAGGUGUACGCGGGUAUGGGCAACCGCGGCGGUAUCAGCCGCGAGCGGUUCUUCUUCUACGCGUUCCUCGGCUCGACGUGCUGGUACUUCCUCCCUGGUUACAUCUUCCAGGCGCUCUCGUUCUUCAACUGGGUCUGCUGGAUCGCCCCCAACAACAUUGUUGUAAACCAGCUGUUCGGGUACAGCAGUGGCUUGGGCAUGUCGUUAAUUACGUUCGACUGGGCUCAAAUCGCCUACAUUGGCUCUCCGCUUGCUACGCCGUGGUGGGCCGAAGCCAACAUCGCUGUCGGAUUUGUAUUCUUCUUCUGGAUCCUCACCCCCAUCCUGUACUACAGCAACGUCUGGUACAGCAAGUUCAUGCCGAUCUCCUCGCGCACGUCAUUCGACCGCUUCGGCCAGACCUACGACGUCUCGCAGAUCAUCAACGCCGACGCGAGCCUCAACGUCGCGAAGUACGAGGCGUACAGCCCGCUCUUCCUGUCCACGACGUUCGCGAUGUCCUACGGCCUGUCGUUCGCGUCGAUCACCGCGACGCUCACCCACACCUUCCUCUACUUCCGCAAGCAGAUCUGGGUGCAGUCGCGCCGCUCGAUGAGCGAGCAGCCCGACAUCCACGCGCGCCUGAUGUCCAAGUACCCGCAGGUCCCCGAGUGGUGGUACGGCAUCAUCUUCCUGUCCAUGUUUGUCUUUGGUGUCAUCUCGAUCGAGGUGUGGAACACGCAGUUCCCCGUCUGGGCAUUCGUGCUCGCUCUGAUCAUUUCGUUUGUGUACACGAUCCCCAUCGGCAUGAUCCAAGCCAUCACAAACCAGCAGAUCGGCCUGAACGUGAUCACCGAGCUCAUCAUCGGAUACGCGCUGCCCGGGCGCCCGAUCGCGAUGAUGAUGUUCAAGACGUGGGGGUACAUCACGAUGGCGCAGGCGCUCACGUUCGCGUCCGACUUCAAGCUCGGGCACUACAUGAAGAUCCCGCCGCGCCCGAUGUUCUGGUCGCAGGUCGUCGCGACCGUCAUCGCGGGCACCGUGCAGCUCGGCGUGCAGGCGUGGAUGUUCACGAACAUCCGCGGGCUGUGCGACCCCGACCAGCCCGACGGCUUCAUCUGCCCGUCGACGCAAGUGUUUGGAACGGCGAGCAUCAUCUGGGGCGUCAUCGGCCCCGCGCGCCAGUUCUCCCCUGGGCAGAUCUACUACGGGCUCGUGUUCUUCUUCGUGGUCGGGAUCGCGUGCCCGCUCGGGGGGUGGCUGAUCAGCCUGAAGUGGCCGAACUCGUGGUUCAAGUACAUCAACUUCCCGGUCAUCUUCAGCGGGACGGGCGCGAUCCCGCCCGCGACGGCGGUCAACUACGUGCCCUGGAGCAUCGUCGGCUUCAUCUUCAACUACGUCAUCCGCCGCCGCCAUUUCUCGUGGUGGACCAAGUACAACUAUGUGCUGUCGGCGGCGCUGGACUCUGGGGUCGCGGUGUCCGCGAUCCUGAUCUUCUUCAUCCUGCAGUACCCGCGCGACGGGAACAUCGGGAAGAACACGAUCCAGACCUGGUGGGGCAACACCGUCUCGUUCAACAACGCGGACGGCGCGUCCGCGCCCCUCAUCGCCCUCGCGCCCGGCGACCACUUCGGCCCGACGAAGUGGUGAGCGGGAGGUGUCGCGCGUCAUCGUGCGCCUGGGCCCGGUUUGGUCAUGUAUGCUACGAGAAGAUCUGUGACGACUGUACGAUACGACUUUG